UUCACACAGGUGCGUGCGGCGUGCUGCUCUCAGAAUCAUAACUUAAAUGUACCAAGUACCGGAUAACAUCUGAUGCGUGCGCCCAAAGUGAAGCCAACACGUUUGUUCUCUGGGAAGAGAUAAUGAUGGCGCUGUGGCAGGAAGACUCUUCCAGUAUCCUGGAGGAUGAGCUGACGUGCCCUGUCUGCUUGGACCUGUUCCGUGACCCCCACCAGCUGCCCUGCGGCCACAACUUCUGCUUGCCGUGCCUGCAGCGCCUCGGCGGGGGCAGCGGCCGCAGUAGCCUAAGAGGCUCCCUGUCUUCCUCCUCCUCCUCCUCGGUUCUGCCAGGCCGUAUCCGCUGCCCGGAGUGCCGCAAGCAGCACCGCGGCUCGGCCGGCGUGCAGCGCAACUUCAAGCUGGCCAACAUCGCCGACGGCUACCGGCAGAAGAGGGACCAGCACGGGGCGGCCGCCCAGCAGGGCGCGAGCACGAGCGGCGGUGGCGGCGGCGACGCUGUGGCCCGGAGCGCGAGGCCAGGCCGCGCCAGCACUCCCAUGCACUGCGACUUCUGCCCCCAGCCCUCGGACGCCAGCGCCGGCGGCUCGCGGGACGCGUGCCCGUCAGAUGUGUCUUCCUCCUCCUCCCCACCUUCCUCCUCCUCCUCCUCCUCUUCCCCUUCCGUCUCUCCCUCCUCCUCUUCCUCUUGCGCCACAGCUGGGCUGGCGGUCAAGAUGUGCCUGAAGUGCGAGGUGUCCAUGUGCGUGGAGCACCUGCGGCCGCACCUGGAGCUGCCGGCCUUCCGCGGGCACACGCUGGUGGAGCCGCACGCCGACCUGCGCGUCCGCCGAUGCCCGAAGCACGAGGAGGCCUUCCGCUACUACUGCAUGGAGGAGCACGUGUGCUUGUGCAGCUCCUGCAUCGUCGUCGGCGAGCACAGCGGCCAUACCAUCAAGACCCUCAAGGACACCGUGAAGGACAUGAAGUUCACAUUACAAAAGCAACUCCAAAGAGUCACCAGGAAGAUUAGUAAAGUUGAAAAAACAUUGCAGGACCAUAAUGAUCAAGAACGGAAAAACAAGGCGUUCCUGGACGAUACGGACCAGCGGGUGGCGGUGCUGGGGGACGUGCUGAACGUGCAGGUGGCGGGGCUCCUGACCGCUCUGCGGGAGUGCACCUCGGCCCACUGCGGCGCCGCCACGGGCAGUGCCCCCCAGUCUGAGGUGCAGCAUGCCCGCGGACGCAUCGCUCGCGACCAGGAGAGCCUGCUGGGAGUCCAGCGCAACCUCCAGGGCCUGAUGGACGAGAGCGACCCUUUCACCUUCCUCAAGGAGUAUCACACAACAGGGAAAAGGAUGCGGCGUCUCUUGAGGAGGCCGCUGUACACCCCGGACUUCUGCGGCGUGGACACCGAAGCGCUCGCCAUGAGCAUGGAGAACAAGAUGGAGGACUUUCUGAUGUCGCUGCGACAGCACGGCAAUAACUUCAUCGACACCGUCUGUUCCAUGCAUGAAGAGGAACAGGGGGAAAACUACCACAGUGAGAAUGACAAUGAAGACGAAGACAACGAGGAUGAUUUUGAAGAGCAUCACUUCAGCGAUAGCGAUGUUGAGGAAGAUGACGAGUCCAGUACAGAGGAGGAAGAGGAAGAGGAGGAAGAUGAUGGAGACCACAGUGGAUCAAUUGAUGACUCCUACAGCCCAGAGGAAGAGGAAGAAGAAGAGGAGGAGGAGGAGGGUAACAUUGAUGAGGAAGAGGCGGAUGACGAUUCCUCAUCCGAUUAACCUGGCCAUAUGUGUAAACCUAUCUUCAUGUCUGUUUACAUACAUAAUAUGUGAUUACUAUUCUAGACAAUUGAUGGCCAUAUUCUGUGUAGCAUUUAACAGGGUUCCUAAGUUUACUUUGAAAUCUGUUGAAAAUGUUGGUUAAUUGUACCAAUUGUUAAGCAUUGAUCCAUAGGAAAUGUAUCAGUAUGUAUGUUAAAUGAGACUAAUGAAGUUGCAGACUAUGGCCAUGUUAUUCAUAUGCAUAAAAUGCAGAUAUUUGUCUUAAGGUUAAAAGAGGUGAAUAUUCAAUAUAGAUAUUAUUUUUUUGAUAAAUAUUUUUGAAAAUCUGGGGAACAUUUUUUUUGUAUAUUAAUCUUUUAAAAUUAUAUUUUUUGAGAUGUUAUCUAUUGUUGCUCUAUUGUUCUAUUAUCUAUUGUUAUAUGAUGCCACUUUUGUUAAAACACAGUAAUAAAGAAUACAGUAUUGUU